AUGUCACGCGCGCUAUUUUUGCAUAUCGCGAAUACAUUGGCGGACCGGGAAGAGUACUUUAGAGAAGGGUUCGACGCUGUUGGCCGUCCUAGCCACACGACGCUCCAGGAAUGUACAGCAGCGAUCCGUCAGCUCGCUACUGGACAAACGGUGGAUUCGUUCGACGAAUACCUGCACGUUGGAGAAUCCACUGGAAGACUUUGUUUGAUGAACUUCUGCAAAGGCGUCCGGGCAGCCUUCCCCGACGAAUUUCUGAGGAAGCCAACCACCGCAGAUUGUCAGUUUUUGUUCCAACUUCACGAACAUGUGCACGGAUUCCCCGGGAUGCUCGGGAGCGUCGAUUGCAUGUAUUGGCAAUGGAAGAAUUGUCAUGUGGCGUGGAGGGGGUCAUACACGAGCGACCACAAAGGCACCCACCCCACCGUUAUACUCGAGGCCGUCGCCGACUACCGGCUAUGGAUUUGGCAUGAGUAUUUCAGGGUCCCCGGCUCGAACAACGACGUCAACGUGCUCAACAAUUUCGACCUCUUCGGCGAAGUUCUGAAUGGUAAAGCGUCGGCCAUCAACUUCAUCGCUAAUAAUCGCCAGUAUAAAAUGGGGUACUAUCUUGCCGACGGCAUCUAUCCGAAGUGGCCAACCUUCGUAAAGACGUUCAACAGGCCUGCGAACGAAGCAAGGAUGUGGAGAGAGCGUUCGAGGUUCUCCAAGCUCGAUUUAACAUUAUCAAAGCUCCGGCUCUUAAUUUAG